UCCCCUCCCAAAACCCCACGAAACAGAGAACCAAAAAAACAAAAGAAAGAAAGAGAAAAGAAAAAUGGCGGACGUGGUACAGUUCAAGCUGGAGAGGAUGCUGAAUGAGCUGGAGGAUCUAGAGCGGCGCGGCUUGUUCAGCCGGCGGGAGAUAGCCGAGAUAGUGAAACAGCGGCGGAAGUUCGAGUACCGGCUAAAGAGGCCGAGCCCCUUGAAGGAAGACUUUUUGGCAUAUACCGAAUACGAGAAGAAGCUGGACCAGCUGCGGCUGCUUAGGAAGAAAGCUCUGUUGAAGCAUCAGACGGGGAAGGAUAAGAAAUGGAAGAAAUCAGUGGCGGAUUACGCGGGUGUCUCCAGAAUCGUGGAGAUAUAUCGGCUGGCUACUAAUAGGUUUAAGGGAGAUAUUCAGCUUUGGUUUCAGUAUUUGGAGUUCUGUAGGCAAAGAAGAAAUGGCAGAAUGAAAAAGGCACUAGCACAGUUGAUCCGUUUUCAUCCUAAAGUACCUGGGGUCUGGAUUUAUGCUGCUGCUUGGGAGUUUGACCAGAACUUGAAUACUACUGCUGCUCGUGCUCUCAUGCAGAAUGGUUUGAGAGCAUGCCCAACUUCAGAGGAUCUGUGGGUAGAGUAUCUCCGCAUGGAACUCACAUAUCUUAACAAGUUGAAAGCUCGAAGGGUUGCUCUAGGAGAGGAUGACCGAACAUUAACUCGUGAUCCCCAUGAAACUGCUGAGAAGCAAUGGAGAGCCGAGAACAGUGAACUGUUUAUGGCACUUGAUGAGGAAAAGGAGGAUGCUUUAGAAUCUAAUGCCAAUGCUGCAUCAGAGGAGAAACCAGAUCUAUUUCGAGUGAAAGGUUUAAGCAUCCUUCGAACUGUUUACAGUGGAGCAAUUGAAGCCCUUCCUUCUAGUUUCAGCCUACGAACUAGAUUUCUUGAGAUACUGGAAGCAACAGACUUGACUCAUUCAGAUGAUAUGCGAGAUGAGAUACUUGCCGACUUACGAAGGGAUUUUUCAAAAGAACCAGAAUUUUGGGAUUGGCUUGCCAGACAGCAAACUUAUGAAAGAAGAAGUGGGCAAAAGAAGAAUGAAGAAAUUUUCCCUGAACAAUUUAGAAAAACAAUCCAGGUUUACGAGGAGGGAUUGAAAGCUGUGCCUUCAGCUACAAUGUUUGAGUUUUAUGUAAAGUUCUUAAUGGAUGCUAUUAGUUGCAUAAUUGGGGACAACCAACCUGAGGAUUCCAGCAAAUCUGGGCAAGGGGUGGAUCCUAUUUCUCAUUUAUUGAUGGUUUAUGAAGAAGCACAAAACUCGGGGUUCAUUUCUGAGGAUCUUGCUUGUGAGCAUGUGUCAUUUCUAUUGCAACUGGGGAAACUACAUGAAGCUAGAAAGCUUGUGGAAAAGCUUUGUGCAGGAAAAUUCUCAAAUUCUGUGAAACUAUGGGCUUUGCAAAUUUCAAUAGACAUGAGAUGUGUUCAAGAUCGAUCCAAUUCUCCUACCAAAGCUAAUUUAUCAUCCAUCUUCGAUAUCCUCAUAAAUUUUCUAACUCAUGUUGCCAUUUCAGAAGCAGAAAAGCUGUGGCGAAUGGCUUUCAAAUAUUUCGCACAUCAUCAACACUAUUUUGACAAGCUAGUAGAGACUUCAGUAGUUGCACUGACCAAGUUCGGCGGAAGUGAUAAUGGCUUUUCUCUCGGUUCCACUGUUGUAAAUCAUGUCCUUCAAAGGGAUGGGGUUCAGAGAGCAAGAGAGAUUUAUAAACGAUUGCUUGCGUUGCCUCGUCCAGGGCUAAUUCUAUUCCAGAACUGCAUUGAAUUGGAAAUGAACCUUGCUUCUGUGGGAAACAGCGAUUGUCUUGUAAAUGCUCGAAAAUUGUUUGAAUCUGCCCUCACAACUUAUAGCCAAGAACCAAGUUUGUGGAGGGACUAUUACACGAUGGAGGUUAAGAUUGGAACACCGGACAAAGCUGCAGCUCUUCAUUGGCGUGCGCGAAAGGCACUUAAAUAUAAUGUUAAACUAGCUACGACAAAUUUGUGACAAAUGUAUAUAAGUGGCCAAGCCUAUUAAAUUUUGACUCUCUUAUCCUUUUUUUUUAAUUGCUGUAAUCAGGGAAAUGCUGUUAAACAUGAAAUUUAAGCUUUACCCUUUUGGGAAAGAAACUGGUAUCAUCUAGAAACG